GUAGCUAGUACCGUACCUACUUGAGCGUCCGACAGGUCUGACAUCACCAGCUCCCGAGGCGCCACCAACUUCCUUUGCGUCGUCUUUCGCGCCAUCUUAAUAGUCGACAUGCUUCUCCCCCGAACAAACCAUAAAGAACCUAGACAAUAGCCGAGGCUAUCAUCUUAUACUAUUUUCGAUAACUAACCUUACCUACCUGCGAUGCCCGCGCAAUACUCGUCCGCCCUCCACCCUGGCGCUCGAGAUUCUCUCGAACUUGCCUCCUUAGCUUCUUCAAGUCACGGCCCCGACACCUACUCAGAUACAGACUCGAGACCAUCCAUAUCCUCUUCGCGUAGACUUUCGCUAGAACAAGAUGAUCCAUUAGAUCACAACAACCCUUUGGCCAGGUCCGGACCUGGUCAUGGCAGGACAUACUCUGUCACUUCUAAUUUCGACUAUGCUGCGAACCUUUUCCCCCUCUCUUCAUCUAACGCCCCCGGAUAUGCUCCCUUAGGCGCAUCAACAGCAGCCGCGCAACGGCACGGUGGGUUGGGGGGGCCUUCGUUAGAAAAACACAAGACUUUAACGUACUUGAAUGGGCUAGGUCUAAUCGUUGGGCUAAUAAUUGGUUCCGGUAUAUUCUCAACUCCGAGUCAAGUCAAUGUCAACGUUGGCUCGCCAGGUGCCUCAUUAAUUGUAUGGGCAAUAUCGGGUGUACUCGCCUGGACAGGCGCGGCAAGCUAUGCGGAACUUGGCGGUGCCAUUCCUCUGAAUGGAGGAGCGCAGGCUUACCUAUCCAAGAUCAUGGGCGAGCUAGCCGGUUUUCUAUUUACGUGGGUGGCUGUCCUUGUACUAAAGCCAGGUGGUGCUGCUAUUAUUGCCAUCAUUAUGGGCGAGUACCUCGUACGCGCCUUCAUCGGAGCCGAAGCUGAGACAGUAGACCCGUGGAUCAACAAGUGCGUGGGUCUUGUCGGACUGUUCCUCGUAACCUUUUUGAAUUGCGUGUCUACAAAGCUGGGGACUCGCGUAAACGACUUGCUUAUGUUCUUGAAAUUCAUCGCCUUGAUAGGCGUUACUAUAUGUGGGAUUGUGGUAGCCCUUACCGGGUUUUCUACUUCUGGCAGUGCCAACACGGACUGGAAAACCCACUCUUGGUUUGAAGGCACGAGUUCAGAUGGAAGUCAUUGGGCUGUUGCCUUAUACGCGGGACUCUGGGCUUAUGAUGGUUGGGAUAAUACCAACUAUGUAGUAGGCGAGUUUCGAAAUCCGUCAAGAGAUCUUCCGCGUGUAAUACAUACGGCCAUGCCUCUGGUGAUUAUUUGCUACCUUCUCGCCAAUUUCUCAUACUUCCUCGUUCUACCACAGGAUAUUCUCAAUUCCACCAAUACGGUUGCCGUUAUGUUCGGCAAUAAAGUAUUCGGCCCCAUUGGCGCGCUUAUCUUUGCGCUCAUUGUUAGUGCCUCAUGUUUUGGCGCUCUCAAUUCAUCCACCUUCACAAGCAGUCGACUUGUGUACGCUGCUGCCAAGGAGGGCUAUGUCCCAACCAUUAUCAGCCGCGUCGGUAUUGGCUCUCGCGAGCCUGGCAUGACGAGUAUGAGAUCGAGGAACUGGUUUUCCAAGCGAUUGCAUAGCAUAAUCGGCGACGAAGACACAGGGCUCUUCUUCACGCCGAUAAACGCCUUAGUAUUGAACGGUGUCUUAACUGCUACAUACGUCAUCGUCGGCGAGUUUGGGGAACUCAUCACAUUCUAUGGUGUUGCAGGGUACUCCUUUUAUUUCCUCACUGUUCUAGGGCUCAUUAUCCUACGAGUCAAGGAACCGCAUCUCGAAAGGCCUUAUAAGACCUGGAUUACGACACCGAUUAUAUUUUGCUGCGUGAGCUUGUUCCUACUUAGUCGAGCAGUAUUCGCCCAGCCAUUGAAGACCCUUAUUGUCGUCACAUUUGUUCUAUCGGGAAUACCGAUAUUCUUUUGGAGGAUACAAGGUCGCGAUCAGGUCUCCAAGCGGGAGAUCAGCUCUGGUAAUUCGGCGCCAGCCUGGAAGUUCUGGAAACGAUGGCGAAGCUGAAAAUUACGAUCAAACCAAUGACUCCAUGUUUGGGAUGGCGUUUUCGAUAACAUUUUCAGCAAUUGGACAUAGUAACAAAGCAUUGCGAGUGAGCAUAAGGUCAAUGGGAGUAAAAAGGGGAGUCAUACAGAAGAUGCAUCUCGCUGUUGAUAGCAUUGGUGACUAACCCGGGUAGCAUACAGGGCAUACAAAU